UUUUGGGUUCGACCAUGUUAAAAACUUAAUUUUUGUUAAAAUCUUUUAGAGAAAUUACAAAAAGAAAGUCAAAUAUUUCUAGAGAAAUCCCUUCCAAUAAAGGACAAAGUUGAAUAACAUACAAACACACACAAACAUACACUUAAGUCCACAAGUAAUAUUUGUCGCCCACUCUACCCCAUCAUUUUUUAUUUUAUUUUUUUUUGAUUACACGCGUGUUAGUUAAUAAUACCCGAAAAAAUUUUUUAGCAACAACAAAACUAACAAAAGAAGAAAGCAAAAAUAAAAAUAAAAAACAAACAUAUUUUUCAUACCCUCAUUUGUAUCACCCAUAACAAUAAACACGGAGGGCAACAAAAAGCAAAAGCAUAAACGAAACGUCAUCAGUGAGAUAAACAGAGAACAAACUAAGAGCGAAAGAGACCGCUUAUAAUAAAGCAUCUUCGUCAUCGACCAAUAACUACACUCUACAACAAUAACAACAAGCUGAAAAGUAAAAGGAGUAUAAUCACUAUACAAAAUUCGUCGCAAAAUUGAAAAGUCUGACGUAAAUGAACGGUCCAGGCGAUUUAACAGUAACCCAUAGUAGUGCCACCCCAGACCCCAAGAACUGCAGUUUAGUCUCUAUAAUACCCAUAGUAGGUAUGUCAUCAUGUAGAGGCCGAGCUGAGGCAUUUGCACGCCGUUUAUCCUCCAAGUUGCGCACGUUAGGCACACAGGCUGACGAUGCUGAUAUAUCACCGGAGGAUGAACCCAUCAUAAAUGGCGGUAAUACAAAUACUUGGGUCACCGGUGGUGAUGGCGGCGAACAAACGGUUACAGAUCUUCAACCCUUGCGCCAUGAAUCGGAUUCGUUUUUUGAUUUCGAUUGCGAAUUAGAGAGUCCCGGCAGUCCGGUUGAUGAAUGUGAAUAUUUAAGACUUAUAGAAUCUGCUUCUAAUACACCUCACAACUCGGCAGCUGAAUCAGGCUAUGCUUGUGCCUCGGCUGCCAGUUCACAUAGUUCCUCAGAUGGUCCCUAUUUUGAUGUUAAUUCCGAGAAUGAAUCCUGCAUGAGUCGCUUACCACACCAACAUCAGGCACACCAACAGACCUCAAACCACAUAUGUCAGCCACACCAGCAGACGGCUAAAGAUGAAGUUGAUUGUGCGCCAAAUCAGACAGCAACCGGUCAAUGCAAUGGCUAUCAGAAUCAUCAAGAUGUAACACAAACACUGCCCAGCGAAGGACCCGACAUUGAAUUGGUCAAAAAUCCUGAAAAUGAAAUUGAACCUAUGGAAAAUUCUAAUGAAAUCGAAAUGAGCAAAAAUGUACAGGAGCUAAUCUUGCAGGAAUUGCAUAAACAAUCACAGGAUUAUAAGGAAGAGGAGCAGGUUAACAAUAAAAGGAAUACGGAAGAUCAGGAUAACAAAGAAACAGAAAUAUUAACGGAAACGGAAACGAAUACGGCUAAGGAAACUGCAAUACAUACGGAAUUGGCACCAGAGGAAGUUCAAUCAGAAACUCAACAAGUUGUACACAUAACUAAUGGUCAUGCCGAGAAUGGAGAAGAUGUUUUGAAGGUGGAAGUGGUAGAACAGGAAGUGAUCCAAAAUGAAGUUAAAGAACAAGAAUCUAAACAUGAAACUGACUUGAAGGUUGACGAGCCAGCCAUUACAAAAGACUCCAAGGAAAAUGAGUUACAAAUACCCAAGACAGAAAAUGAAAAACCCAAAACUUCUCAUUUGCACAUGGAUGCCACCGAUGAUGAAGAUGACAGUCGACCUCAGAGAGUAAGACGUUGUUCUUCGUUGAAAACUGGCAAAACUCCGCCCGGCACUCCCGGCCGCAAAAAGAUUGUACGCUUCGCUGAUGUGUUGGGUUUGGAUUUGGCGGACAUUAAAACGUUCCUCGAUGAAAUACCCAAUAUACCCAAAUCAGCCUAUGAAGACUUAGAGAUCUUGGAAUCGCAAGCGCCCGUACAAUUGGGUCCCAAAUCCGAUAAAUUACUUAUGCCCCUAUUCCAACAGCCCGGUGGCUUACCCAACUAUUUGGAUAUUGUACGCGAAAAGCUGGUGUCCUUGGAAAAUGCAGCCGUCACCGAUGGCAUCAAUCACACCAUAACGGGCAGUGUUAGGGUGCGUAACCUGGAUUUCCAUAAAUCCGUACACAUACGUUAUUCGUUAGAUGGCUGGCGUAGUUUUGCUGAUUUGCAGGCAAAUUAUGUGGAAAACUCGUGCGACGGCUUCUCUGACAAAUUCACCUUUAUUAUAUUUGGCAACUCGUUGCACAUUGGCCAGCGACUGGAAUUCGCGGUACGUUUUCAAUGUAAGGGCCAACAAUAUUGGGAUAAUAACUACGGUUCCAACUACUGUUUCCAAUGUUUGCCCACAUCGGCAUCCGUCCUAAAUCCCAUCGCAACAGUUCUUCCCUCACAUCACAGUAACAAUAUGGUGUCUCUAUUAAGUCCAACUGUUGGAGAUACCUGGUGUACUUCGUUUUAUUGAGCAGCAGCCGCAGCAGUGUAACAGAAGAAGCAAAGUAAAACAGAUUGCUAAAUUAUGAAUUAAGCGAAAGUAAUUAAAAUUUAUAGAAUCUAUAGAAAUUAAUGUUAACAUAUGUUAUAUGUGUAUAUUGUAUAUAAAUAGGAUGACAAGGUUACACUUAUAGAAUAAUAUCAAAUGCUAAUUUGCUAAAACAAUAGAAAA